AUUUGGCAGGACUAGUAGCGCAACUUCAGAGGCAGUUGCAGGAGCAGCAACAAACCAUCGACCGUUUGACCGCGAACAAUCAAAGGGGCGGUGGUGAAGGGAGAAAUGCUGGAAAUAAUCAUGCUAGGGGGCAUGGAGCACCGAGACAAGAACCGUUGAUGAUCACAUGGAGGAAGAUCAAGCCCACAGAUUUCGAGGGGGGUCCAGACCCUCUAGCUGCUCAGGGAUGGCUGAAGACCGUGGAAGGCAUUGCUAAUGGGUUGGAACUAGCAGAUAAUGACAAGGUUCGAUGUGCAUCCUACAGCCUCACCAUGGAUGCUCGAAUAUGGUGGGAGACUGUGGAAACAAGGUACAACAUCACGCAGAUGACAUGGGAGCAGUUCAAAGAGGAGUUCACCAACCAGUAUUUCAACGCUAGUGUCACACGUAGGUACCGGGAUGAGCUUCAGAGUCUACGCCAGGGAACCAUGGAUGUUACAACCUUGGCGGCAAAAUUUCAGAGGCUGCUACGUAUUUGUCCUACAGCUGCCCCGACGGAAAGAGAUAAGGUGAGGAUGUUCCUGGCAGCUCUUAGGAAGGAUAUAGCAGUUCACUUGGAGAAUGGCAAUCAGACUCCAGCUACACUAGCUGACUGUGUUUUUAUAGCAACUCAAAAGGAGUACUACAUCUCUAGCGGUCCAGUACCCGCUCAGCCGCAGCCUGUGCCUUCACAGUCACAGAAUCAGUCACAACGACACAUGAACAAUUCGAAGAGUAACAAGAAGAG